UCUUUAUUUAUUUAUCUCUUUCAGCCUGAGUAGCUCUUUUACAUCAGGAGAGAUAGUCAAUCAUCAGAAGGCUAUGGAGUAUAACUCACAGACUGGGGUCCUACAGUGUAACUUCAACUACAUGCAGCUAAGACGCAUCAAGAGAAACAGUGACAGGAAAUCGACUGAAAUUGUCAUGGAAGAGAAGUUCACUAUUCUGUUUCGUUCAAAGUUCACUAUACCCGGGGAUGAGCUGGAUAUCCCUGUCAUGUGUCAAAGCUUACCAGUGGUGGUUAUAGUCCAUGUCACUCAGCAGCCAGCAGCAGAGGCUACUAUAUUCUGGGAUAACUCGUUUGCAGAACCUAAUCGAGAGCCGUUUGUUGUACCAGAAGUAGUAUCAUGGCCUAGGGUCUCUGAAGCAUUGAAUCAUUACUUUCAAACUAUUUCAGGCAGAGGACUCACUCCUAGGAACCUUGACUAUUUGGGACGUAAACUUCUUGGAGUUG